GUCAAGUUGGAAAUGUUCCAGAGCACAGUACAUGUUUGUUUUUUACUCUUUCUGGCGACUAAAAGUUAUCAGCAUCAGUGGUAUGGAGAGCUGGCUGGUAUAAAAGGGCAGACAGAAAGGUGGGGACACCCGUAAAGUAUAACUGAAGACCACGAUGGGGACUACAAGAAUGUUUGUCUUCUGUGUCUGUUGGACCUUCAUGUUACUGGGCUGCACUGAGGAGAUUCGUAUAACAUCCACAAAUGCAACAGUGACCAGCAACAACACCAAACCAACUGCCACCCAACCUGCAGCAGUAACCACACCACUGCCCGGCCAUGCUUCCACUCACGUAACCUCCAGAAAGCUUCCAGAAACAUCCACCUCCUUACACAACACAACUACCAUCACCCCAUCACAGCAGCCCACAAAGUCCUCUGGAGCCACGCCAACUUCAGCCGCGACGUCUGCCUCUUUGUUUGAGUCCUGCAGUCAACUCCUGGUGCCUACAAUCUCUGUUCUAAUCUGCGGUGCAUUGGCCUGAAAAUGUAAAACCAAAAA